UAAGGUCUCAUUCAAAAGCCAACAACUCUCCACCAUUUUAUAUAAAACAUAUAUAAUACUCUGCUUACUUCUAUAAUUUCCCAAUAGAUCAUCUCUUCUUCUCAAGACACUCAUUCACAUCUUUGUUUGAUCUGCAUAAAAUUGAAUAACAUAUUAAAGAAAUGAAGAAGUUUGUGCUCAAGUUAGAUUUGCAUGAUGACAAGGACAAGAAGAAGGCCCUGAAAACAGUUUCAACUCUGACAGGUAUUGAUGCCAUCUCCAUGGACAUGAAAGAGAAGAAAUUAACAGUGAUAGGAACAGUGGAUCCAGUUACUGUGGUUAGCAAAUUGCGCAAAUACUGGCAGACAGAUAUAGUAGCAGUAGGACCAGCCAAAGAGCCAGAGAAGAAGAAAGAGGAGCCCAAGAAAGAAGAGGCCAAGAAGGAAGGAGAAAAGAAAGAGGAACAGAAGAAGGAAGAGGGGAAGAAGGAAGAAUCAAAAAAAGAAGAGAAGAAAAAAGAACCUGCCCCAGAUCCUGUUUUGGAGCUGGUCAAGGCUUACAGGGCUUAUAAUCCAUACAUGACCACACACUACCAUGUACAAAGCAUGGAAGAGAAUCCCAAUGCCUGUGUCAUUUGUUGAAGAGCAUGCUUUCCAAACAUGGGAUUUGGAUUUGGUGCUGUCAAAAAUGCGUGCAGUCACGUCAGUCAUCAAAUCGUCUGAUUUUCAUUUAACAGCUCUGAUUUACUGGCUGUAGUGACUGCACCAUAUUUGACUGCAGCUAAUUCAGGUGUCCAACCAUGAGGGAAAGAUAAACUUUUUCAACAUGGUAAUAGAUAUCCAACUACUUGUAUAUAAUAUGGUGGUGCCUUGUUGAGUUGAGACAUUAUUAAUAUGUACAGAGAGAGAGAGGGAAUAAAGUUUUGAGAGAAUUUAUUAUUUGAUUGUAUCAACUACUAGAAUUAGUAAUUUGUUUGUUUUAACUAUUGUUUGGAGAAAAUGGAAAGGCUGAUUUUUUAUUUGUUUUCA